AUGGCGGGCUAUGCGCGCCUCCCGGGCGUCCCCCCGCUGUGGCGAGCCCGAAGCCUCGUCAUUCCGGACGGUGAGUGGCCGGGCCUGGCCGCGGGGCCGAGCCCGCCGGGCCCCGGGGCCGCCCCCGCCCCGCCGGGCCGGGCUGCAGAUUUUGGCUACGGAAAGGGGAAAUGUACUAAGCAAGGUCUGCCAGGAGCCCAAGAGACACAUUUUGGAGAUGAUAAACUUGAAGAUCUUGCAGAGGCCAAUCCAUUCUCCUUUAAAGAGUUUCUGAAAACCAAGAACCGCAGCCUGUCAGGAGGGGAUACAGCCAACAACAGGAUUUAUUCAAAGGAAGCCACGAGACCACUGGGACUCGGCCGCAACUCCCCGACCUCCCAGACCGUGGGGUGUGGCUUAGAAUAUCAGCAGCCAAUUUUUGAAGACCCUAUGGGGGCUGGCCAUCUACUGGACGAGGACGAAGACGAGGAUGAGGACGACGGGUGGAACGGGGCCUACCUGCCAUCCACUGUGGAGCAGACCCGCUCCUCCGGGGUCGCCGCCAGCACGUCACCCUGCAGCACAUACGUCUCCUUUUUCUUUGCCCCGUCGGAGCUGGUGGCGCCCGAGACACUGCCCCCGUGGACGCUGAGCGACUCUGACUCUCGCGCCUCUCUGGCGGGGAACCCCAGCGCAGACUUCGCGGCCCACGGAGAGUCUCUGGGAGACAGGCAUCUCCGGACACUGCAGAUAAGCUAUGAAGCACUGAAAGAUGAAAAUUCUAAGCUGAGAAGAAAGCUGACUGAAGUUCAGAGCUUCUCUGAGACUCAAAAAGAAAUGGUGAGGACACUGGAGCGGAAGCUGGAAGCCAAAAUGAUCAAGGAGGAAAGUGACUACCACGAUCCGGAGUCAGUGGUCCUGCAGGUGGAGCAGAAGCUGGAGCUGAUGACGAAACGGGCUGUGAAGGGAGAAAACCACGUCAUGAAGCUUAAACAGGAGAUCAGCUUGCUCCAGGCACAGGUCUCUAACUUCAAGCGUGAGAAUGAAGCCUUGAGGUCUGGCCAGGGCGCCAGCCUGACGGUGGUGAGGCAGAACACCGACGUGGCCUUGCAGAACCUCCGCGUCGUCAUGAACAAUGCCCACUCCUCAAUAAAGCAGCUGGUUUCCGGAGCUGAAACGUUGAAUCUUGUUGCUGAAAUCCUUAAAUCUAUAGACAAAAUUUCUGAAAUUAAAGAUGAGGAGGAGGACUCUUGA